AUGAAACUUCAUGUUGCUACCUCUAUAACUUAUGCGGCUUUGGUGGUAGCAAAAAAUGUGAUACCGUUAAAACUUGAUUUCAAUGUCUACCGAGGUUCCAAAGAAGACCAUUCGGUGGAUUACAAGCCUCAUUUCGUUAAAAGAAGCGGUACGAAUGGCAGCAUUUCGAUAGAAAUUCACAAUCAAAAAACCUUCUACAUGUCCACUAUCGAGGCUGGUUCUCAAGGUGAUAAGGUUUCGUUGAUUGUAGAUACGGGUUCAUCUGAUAUAUGGGUCCCAUCUAGUGAUGUCCAGUGCUAUCUAACACCUGCCAUGAGGAGGAAAAGAGACCUCAAUAAGCAUGAUAUAAUUAGUGAGAUAUACGGCGUGAGCCAGGACGCCAAAGCUAGAGAUGAACAUAAACUUGCACCAUCAAACACAUGUACGCAAUAUGGAUCGUUUACCACGGCAGGCUCGGAUACAUUCCAUGUAAAUUCGUCAGCACAGCAAUUCACCGUCGAAUAUUCUGAUAGUACAAGAGCUGUAGGAUUUUGGGGCUAUGACGACGUGAAAAUAGGACAAGUUACCAUUAAUAACCUUCUGUUUGCUGUGGCGAACCAAUCAUCGUGUGCCAUCGGAGUUCUCGGUCUUGGCUACCCCAGUUUGGAGACUACCCGUAUUAACUCCAUCUUGGGGUAUGAAUACCAAAACUUGCCCAUGAAGUUAAAAGAUUAUGGACUAAUUCAAAAAAAAGCCUACUCGUUAUAUUUGAAUUCCCCACAAUAUCAGACUGGAUCUGUUUUGUUUGGAGCAGUGGACCAUGCGAAGUACGAGGGCCAACUACAAACUGUGCCGAUUGUUGGGGUAGAUAGUGGGUAUUAUCCCGAUCCAAACCGUUUCAUUAUUAUCCUGAGUGGGAUCAUCAUUGAAAAUUAUGGAGAAUCUACUACUGUAACAACGAACCUGUAUCCAGUGCUAUUGGAUUCUGGUAGCACUCUUUCAUACUUCCCACAAUCUUUGAUAGAUCAACUUGGUAAAGCCAUGGGUGGGGUAUAUUCCAAGGCUUCUCGUGCUUACAAUAUUCCAUGUUCUAGUGAUCCAAAUGUUAGAAUUAAUUUUAAUUUCAGCGGGGCGGUCAUUUCAGUUCCAUAUGGAAACUUCCUCAUACAAUCUGCUGGAUUAUGCUAUUUGGCCGUGUUUCCCCUGAACCCAGACUACAUGGUUUUGGGUGAUAACUUUUUAACUAGUGCCUAUGUGGUGUAUGACUUGGAAAAUGACACAAUAUCACUUGCACAAGCCAAGUAUACAGAUGAAGAAGAUAUUGAGAUUAUUUCUGAUAGUAUCCCUAGGGCUUCCACUGCUCCUGGAUAUUCUUCUACAAGUUAUAUGACAUCCUAUGAUCUGUCCAACCCAAGGGCAACCGCCAAGAUCAUGUCUGGUUCUAUAACUUCCACUGACCCUCAAUCUACCGCAACCAAUUCAAAUGAACCUAAAUUGUCUCUUGCUUCGUCAAUUAAUAAAUUCCCAACCAUCAGCUUGGCUAUGUGGUUAGGGGCGAUUAGUAUUGUUGCCCUGUUGUGA